UGCCUCAAAAAAGUAAUAAGAAUCAAAAGUUUACAGCAUUGUAAAAGACCAUAGUAAAAGUGAUAAUGUUUUCCAUCUAUUAGCUGUAGUGGGAAGCAUCAGGAUUAGUGCCAUAUGCAUUUGCCUAUAUGCAAUGCCCACCGAGUAGCAACUUUAGUUUGGUAAGUUGCAAGGUCACCCAUUCCUGAAGGGCAAAGGGGCUGCAUGGCUACAAGACAGAGGGGUGGAUUGGGAGGUCCUAGUUACAAUGAGCACCUGAAAACUUCCUUUUUUCCCCCUAAGUGAAAUUGCAAGGGUUUGCAAUCCAAUGAACUAUGUGAAGCUGAUAUAAAUUGAGCUGUGACAUUCUGAUGCAAGUACUCAUUAAUAUUUCCCAUUGGGCAAAGACUUUUUGAACUCUUUAAAAAGAAGACAGUCAGCUUAAAUAAUACUGACCUGUUGCUCAAGCCUUUUUAGGGGUUAGUAUUACUUUAAUGAAUUCAGUAGCAUCAAACCUAUGCAAGCACAUUCAGGCCUGGGACCUGCAUAGUUAUAUCCAAAUUUUGUGUAUUAGGAGAACUUCUGAUGAAGUGGAAAGAAUGAGGAACAAUGUCAGCACUUUUCAGAGUAGAUGAAAUUUUAAUUUUAAUAAAGCCAGUGUGAGCUUGGGCAUUGACUUCUCCUGUGGAGCCACAAUUUUGCUACAAGUUUAGUGUUUGCAUUUCGUGCUUUCUGGAGAGCAGGUCACCAUGCUGGAAAGCAUUCUAUCCGUUUCAUUUUUACUUAUCCAUGUUUAAGUAUAUAGAGCUUCAGUCUGGCUAGGACUUAUCUUUGUCCAUUUCCCAUGGCUAUGUAUGUUCUAUCUGUGCCUAGUCACACAGUUCAAAGGCUCAGACAAAAAACAGAGAUUAAAAAAAAACUUACUCAACGGUUUGGAAAACUUGUAUAGGUUACAAACUCGAGAGGUAAUAUCAGCCUUUGAGGGAUGCUGGCUUCUGUUACCUGAUAUGGUCUGCUUUUUUCCAUCUCCGUGGAAAUCAGGUAGCACAUUAGUGUGAAUGAUGGGGACUGGGAACUCCACAUAUAGGAGGGAAUGGACCCAGCAGCACCUUUAGGCUGUGCUGUGCCAAGAUGCUGAGUGCCCUGGGUUCACAAGAGCUGAGUCACUGCACACAACUUUACCAGGCAAAUUUUUACGUGGUUUGAAAAAAAAGUGAAGGAGAAGAGAGGUCUCUUCUGAGCUGCUUUUCUUUGUGUUGCAUAGAGUGCCUGUAGCCAGAUUUGCUCUCCUGCAGCAUCGCUAACGAGGUAUGUUUUUUAUGAAACCUCUGAUUGCAGGUAGGAAGGAUGAGCUCCUAUGCUGACAUCUGCGGGUCUAAGCAAGCACAGGGCAGCACUGAGGGAGGAUACCAGCGCUACGGAGUCCGGUCCUACCUGCAUCAGUUCUAUGAGGACUGCACAGCUUCAAUUUGGGAGUAUGAGGAUGAUUUUCAGAUCCAGAGAUCACCUAGCAGGUGGAGCUCUACGUUCUGGAAGGUGGGACUCAUCUCUGGGACGGUUUUUAUGCUCAUAGGCUUGGCGGUUCUUGUAGUUGGUUUUCUUGUGCCACCGAAAAUUGAAGCUCUUGGAGAAGAUGAUUUUGUUGUGGUCGAUAACCAUGCCAUUCAGUUUAAUGGGUCCCUUGAUAUAUGCAAGCUGGCAGGGGCAAUCUUGUUUUGUAUUGGAGGGACCACCAUGGCAGCAUGUCUGCUGAUGUCUGCUUUUGCUAAAAGUUACUCCAAAGAAGAAAAGUACCUCCAGCAAAGAUUUAAAGAGAGAAUAGCUGAUAUAAAAGCCCAUGCAAAGCCAGUCACAAAAGCGCCAGCACCAGGAGAAUCAAAGAUACCUGUCACUUUGUCCAAAGUUCAAAAUGUCCAACCGUUAUCUGAAACCUGACCCUCUCCAUUGGUUUUGUUUCUCACUUGCACAUCACUUUACUGGAAAAUAUCAGCUGUUGUUGGCAUACAUGCUAGUAAUUACAACAUCAAGUGCUCUGCUAUACAAACGUACAGCUGAUUGAGAACCUGCUCCAAUACAAACUUAGGAUUGGAAAAAGUGAAAUUAUAUGAUUAGAGCUGUGACCAGUACGUUCAGUGGAUUCAAACAUUUUAAUCUAUGUUGAACGGAGAAAUCCUUGCAACAAUGUUUAGCUGUUUAGCUUAUCAGACAGUAAUCCUAGAGAAUAUUGGGUGUGGUUAUAACAGCUGUAUUAGGAACAGCCUGCAUCCCACUGUUUAAAGUUUAUAUGAGUUGGCCUUUUUUUUUUCAUUUUAUUUUGUUUUCUUCUUGCUUUUAAAAUAUUGUUUGGUCUUACUUUUACUCCCUGGUUCUUCUGUCCAGGAAGCCAAGAUUCUGCCCUUGUAACUUGCACUUGCCCUCCUAUCUCAUUCUGUAGUCCGUAACGAAGUAAUAAUGCUCAGGCAGAACACAAAUGACAUUGGGUUGCCCUUCGUUUGUGCCCAGCACACUUCCCAGUAAUGUUACUUUCUGGGAAAGGAAAAUGGUAUUUGAUCCUGAGUUACAGUUAACCUUUGCAAAACUGCCACUUGGCUUUUAAUCAUUGCCACAUUAGCAAAAAAUGCAAAAUAAAGAUAAGGAAUUCAUAUGGGAGGAGGAAAGGAACAGCAUACUUCUGUGUCUUUGGUUUGAUACUGGUUCCUUCAUUAUACUAUAUUAUAUUAUGUUUGAAGCUCGUACAGAUUAUUUCGGUCUUGACAGGAUGUGGAUUAAUAAGUGUCGUUUGACAUGCCCAGGCCCUGUAUUCUGUCAGUAUAUUAAUCCCAUGUUAGAUGACCUUAACAUACUUAUCUAACGACAUUUUGAAAUGCUGUUUAUAUUUUUAUAGGUAAUAGAAAAAGUUAUGCUUAACCAGAUAAUGUUUGUGUAAAUGCUUACCUGAAGACUUGUCCUUUCACUGAGGAACCUUAAUUCUUUUGUUACUUGGGGCAAUUAUUUCACCGUCUUAAUCUAUUGAUUUAAAUUAAACCGUAUAAAAAAGAUGUGACAUUUGUAUUCUCCAACAAUAUGUGCCACCUUAUAGUUCUGUCUAUUUUUUGAAUGGAUUGAAUAAAAUUCUAGGCCUGAGCCAAUCAUA